AGUGGUGACGGACUGAGAGGAGCGCGCACGUUGCCAUGGAGAGGCGUCACUAUGACACUAGUCCAGUAGCAGAAGGCGAGGCGUGGAUUCAGAGAUUUCACCAACUCCUUCAGUAAAGCACAUAUUCCUCUUCAAAAGCCACAAUCUCCGCCAUAAUAGAACCCAGAAUACGCUUUAUUAAAGGAUAGACGACCAAACAAACGCAUUCGCUCCCUCUUUACCGUAUCGGAUAACGUUUUGCUAAUCGUUUGGCGUCGUCUCUACAGUUGAGAGUGUUGUGUGUUGUCCUAGUUGCACGAUAUAAUCCAGCUAGCUCGUCAUGUGGCUGGCUAGCGAGUUUGCGAGCCGUUAAUCGAGCCAUGUAAUGAAGAAACUGAACGAAGAACAAGAAACUGGGGAAGACAUGGACUUGCAUGCCGAAAAUCAGGAAUCAGAGCACAGCCGGUUGUCUCACCGUAGUGAUGCAAAGAUCUCGGAAUCUCCUCUGCGUUCUGGGAAACAGGAGAAAUACCGGAAAGACAUUGAGAGCUCGGCUGGGGAUCAUGCACGAACCAGAACGCAAGAGCCGAUUGGAGACCCAGACCGCGAUCAGUGUUCGGAUGGAGAUCACAGCAGUGCCUCAUUCUACUCGGAGGAUUAUGAAAACGUCUCGCACACGGAUCGGUCUCUCUCGUCAGCCUCUCCAUCUCCGCGCAGAAAAGGGAGAUCUAGGAGAGUGUCAAGCAGCCCCUUACAUCGAGCAGGUGUACAUAAAGGUGCGUCACGCCAUCUCCCACCCCACUCCCAUCAUCCUCAGCUGCGAUCAGGAGGCAUCCGAACCCAAAGUUUGAGUAAAGACGCUCCAUCCAAAGAAGUGGACCCGGUCACCAAGCGCAUGCUGUCUGCACGUCUACUAAAGAUCAACGAGUUGAAGAACGCAUUGUCUGAGCUGAGGCUGCAUGCAGACGAGCUGCAGCGCGAGAACCGUUUACUGCGACAGCUACAGCUGCGGCAAGAGAAAGCUCUGCAUCGCUACAAUGACACAGAGAGCGAGAUCUCGCAGCUGCUGUCUCGUCACAACAAUGAGACUCACGUGCUGCGCGAGAGGCUGAGGCGCAGUCAGGAGAACCAGCGCACAGCGGAGCGCAGCCUCAGGGAAACGGACGCCCAGCUCCAGCGCUGUCGCAGCCAGCUGCAGAAACUGCAGCACCUUGCAGAUGACCAGAAUCUUGGAGAGAGGGAGGAACUGUCGCAAAAACUGAUGUACGCUCAAACCAAAUUUCAAGAAAGUGAACGCAGAGUAAAGGAAUUGGAGAAGAACAUGGAGCUGAGUAGCGGGAGCUUUCAAAGGCAGCUAGCUAAUGAGAGGAGGAGAACUCACGAUGCACAACAGGAAGUUAAAGCACUACAGGAGGAAGUGGAGAGACUUUGCACUAAACUAAAGGAAAAAGAAAAGGAGCUGGAUGCUCGGAACAUCUACGCUAACAGGAUGCCUAAAGCUUCUUCCAGAAAAGAAGUAGAGAAUGGCAGCAGACAAAAAGGCUCCAAUACAACCAGCACUAAAGCAGUACAGACAGAUGACAAGACGUCCUCAUUGGACUUCCCAUCACCGCCUCCUGACGAUCAGACCGAUGACUACCUCUCUCUGAAGGAUCAGCAAGGCAGAGAGCAGAGACAGAGAGAAGCAAAGGAAUGGAAGAUCCAAGAGUUUUGGAAAGAAAGGGAAAAUGAAAGAGGCAUGGAAUCUGUGAUGGAACAGACAAGGGAAAAGGAGAGGGGAAAAGAGACACUGCAUGACAGAGAAAGAGAAACGGAGCUGCUCAAAGUCAAGGAGAGGCAAAGACUAGAUCAACAGCCCAGCUCAAAUGAGAAGAACUUAAAGGGAAACAGAGUUUCUUAUGAAGUAGGCCUGGACAGAGAGCAAGAAGAUUGGAGGAAUGGCCUGUCUAUAUCUCCAAAGGAGGAAGAGAGCAGGAAGCAGCGUGAACCGGAAGAGUUACAACAUGAAGCCAGAAAUCUGGACAUCCAUCCCAAUCAAGAGUGUGUGGAAGAGGAACGUCAGCGCAGAGAGCAGCUAUUGCUUAAGAUGCAUGAGAUCGACAUGCAGACUCAGGGUCAGGACUCAGAUUUCUUCUCUGAUGACACAGGAAGUGUCCGCUCUCCUCCACGGUUGUCCGAGAAACGCAACCACAACGGUAUUUUUAAGUUCACAGAGCCAGAAGAGAACACAAACACAUUUGGGAUUGGGAGAAGAGGAGGUGGUCACAGAGCACAAGGACCUAGUGAGGAUCUUGAUCUUGCUUUUGGCAGCUAUGCCCCUUCUUUCGGUAAAUCUGCCCCCCGCACAGGUUUGGGCACACGAAACACAAAUCAGUCACCUCGAGGACCAGAUGAAGGGCUGGAUCUGAGUGGCCUGGUCAAAGAGAGGAAGUCCAACCUCAUGCAGCAGCUUUUUGGGGCCACUGCCACUCCAUCUCCUUCAGAUCCAUCCAGCAAGAUGGAGAUUCUAAGCCCCCCUCUAACAACCCAGUUCCCAUCUGGAUCAGUGAGUGGACGGAGGAGGGACACAGACACACCAAAUGGACUAAAUAUCAGUUCUGUCCCCAACAAUAGAAGCUCUCUACAAGUCUCUGAGAGCCGACCCACGGUCAGGGCCAUUAUAUCAUUUGAUGAUGACAUAGAGGAAGUCACACUCUGAAUAGGGCACUUUUAUAGUCAAUAUGAAGGAAUCAGUUUCUUGAAAACAGAAGGAGAGAAUCUAAAACACCUCUGAUAUUUGGUUUUGUGCUCCCUUAUGAAGUAAUCUCAGAUUAAACAAUGCUUAGAUUGCUAGCAUGCUUCUUUUUUAACACUUCCAGCAAUAUCAGAGAGGAAGACUUUCUCAGUUACACUACUUUCAUGGUUAGGUAUGCAAAGGGAACAAAAUUAACACUUUAUUUAAUUUUUUAGGAACCACAGCACAACUGUUAGAAUGAUAAUCUGAUCCUCGCUGAUGUAAUGCGAGUGAUUUUAAAUCAAGAACAUAUGAUCAGUCUUAGUAGGGGAAACAUCCGUUGAGACUUGCACAUCUUCUAAACGAUUUUUUUUUUCACCACUUAUGUGGAAUAUGUCUCAUUUUAAGCCACCAAAACAAAAAUAUGAUCAGCAAGGUCACAAUGUGUUUUCAGUUUUUUGACAGGGAAAAAAAAACUUCAGGCAUUUUGUUUUUAAUUAAAAGAAUUCAUUAAUCAGUUUCAUGUUCGGAAAAGUAAUAUUUAUGGACAGUAAAUCCUCUCAAUGCACCUUUGUUACGUUAGGGAGACAAGGUCAUUUUGGACUCUACCUCUGUGUGUGUUGUUAUUAUCGCUGAGAAACUCCCUUGCAUACCACAUGGAAAGUAGUUAUAGUUAAUGAUGUGUUCAGAUUUUCUUACCAAUUUACAAGAGCGUGAUAAGUAGAGAUAGAGGGUGGUGUGCAUAAGCCGAUAGUCUUUUGUAAGAUUCAGUUCAUGUGUUUGUCUGAAAGGAACAGGCUCUGCACUUUCAGUACUGAUAUGACUGUGACAGAGCUUUACCCUCUCAGAGAGCCACGCUGCGGCUUGGCUGACUCAGGUCUGGGCUGUGUCUUCUCUGAACCAGUCCUCCCACACAGCACUUUUUUGUCUCUCCCCACUUCACCUCACUUUAGAUAACUGUUAUUGUCUAUUAUGCGACAAAGGAGAGAGUCUGGUUUAUAAGAUGUAGUCAAGUUUAUAGUUUAUAGAUUAAACUAUGAGCCAAAUAUUCAAAUUACUGUAUCUCUAUACAGGGAAACCUAAAAAUAGGGACACAUUUUUUUCAGACAAGUGGCAUUUUCUCAGAUCGAACUAACUGAUCCCAAUGUGAACAAUAGAUUAUAUCUGUUGUAUGAUCAUUUCAAAUUUUAAAACUUCUUUUUCUAAAAUGUGUUCUUGAAAAUUGCACUUGUGCUACCAGAUAAAUGUCAUUUGGUUUGAUAAUUUGUUAUUUAACACAGUGAUACUUAAAUUUCUAUGUGUGGUAUGAGUGAACAAAUAUUUUUUGGGGGUUACUGUAUAAGUUUUUGUUAUAAAACUCUGACAUAAUUUGAAUUCCGCUUCAAUUCACAGCUAAUACAGUGUCUUUAUUUGCCUGCUUACACAUAAUGAGAUGUUUUAUUUUUUAUAUAUGAAUAAGUAGGUAAAGUUUACUUGGCCAUUUUGGAUGUUUCGGAAAACCCAGGCUCAUCAAUGUAAAACCACUCAUGGGUCAUUGUCUGUGAGAUUUUGUCAGAUGGUUGUGUAAAAAAUGUGUGUGUGUGUGUAAUUAGCAGAUGUUUUACUAGCUCUAUACAAAUUUUACUGAUUUGGUCUUUAUGAAGCAUUUCAGGGUUCAUUUCAAUCUCAAUUACUGAUAAAUCUGUUGUGAAAUACUAGAAACAAUGUGCUUGAUAUUGUUGCUUAUUGUGACUUUUUAAUGAGGGAUGUCACAAUUUAUAUGUGGAUUAAAAGAAAAUACAGAUUUACAUAUGAAACAAACACAAAUCAAAUAUUUAACUGUUUUAAUUACAAAAGAUGUUUUCACUUCAGGGCUACAUCUAUUUUUUUUUUUUUUUAAAGAAUAAAAUCCGGCACCCACCUAAACACAUCAAUCAAUAGAUUGAAAAGGAUCUAGUACUCACUUUGCAUUUCAAAAAGUAGGCGAGUUUUGUUUUUCUGUCCCAUAAUUCUCUCUACAUCUAUGAUUGACAUUUUAAUCUUUUCCAAAGCACAACAACAUCUUACUCUAGCACAAAAAGGGUUCAUUGUGGAAAAACUCUAUUAUUUAAUUAUAUUACAAUGGCUUGAGGUGGAUUUCUGUGGCUUUACUUCAUUUUAUUGUCUGUCUCUGUAAUCAGAUUUUGUAUUGUAAGGUUGAAUUUGAAAUAGUGAUCCUCAAUGAUCACUCAAAUACAGUUUUUCUAUGGUUCAA